GACGUUACGUGGACUCCAGGUGUGUUGUUGUGUAUACACAGAGUGUCUCUUCCUCUUUUGCACGCGCGCAAUACAGCAUGCAUCAUGGUGAUCGUCAAGUGCGUGGUGACCGGUGGGGUGAUGAUUGUCCAAGUGAACACGAACGUGGAUGAUACAUCUCCGCCAAAUGUAUAAAUUAACAAUACAAUUAUAACCUGCAUGCUUGCAAGUAUAUUGUCGUUAACCUUUGAGGCGAAAGUAAUGUUACUUGAGUAAAUACAUUAUUGGACGGAGCAAAUAUCCCUUGUUGUGUUUACGUUCGGUUGGCCGGAAAAGCGCCUUUUCAGGAAACACGCCGCGUAUCGCUUGAUGCUUACUACUGCCGCGUGCAUCCUGACGUAGGAAAUUCUUAGAAAAAAGUAGCUAUGCGAGAUCGAUUAUCAUGGUACAUGGUUUUUCUUAUCCUGCCGACAAUUUUACUGGCUCGAUCAUUCAACAAAGAUCGACAAGCACCGAACGGUCAUCCAUCGGAGUGGAAGGCAUUAUGGUAUAGUAACCUAGAAGAAUUGCAAAAGGCGAACGAGAUUCAUCAAAAUAACACUAUCACGAACGUCACGGUUCAACUUGGUGACACAGCUUUUUUACACUGUAAAAUUCGAAAUCUUGCCGACAACACUAUCCCUGAUACCGAAAUUUCAUGGAUUCGUCGUCGUGAUUGGCACGUACUUACAAAUUCGAUAUUCACUUAUACGAAUGAUGAGCGCUUUCAAGUGUUGCAUCCAGAAGGCUCCGACGACUGGAUUCUCCAAGUGAAGUACGUGAAAAAACGAGAUAAUGGGAUCUAUGAAUGUCAGAUUUCUAGAAGUACAGGAAUAGUAUCACAUUUUGUCAAUUUAAACAUCGUGAUGCCAGAAGCAUUUAUUUUAGGAGGUGAAGAACAUCACGUCGACGUGGGAUCUACAAUUAAUCUUGUUUGUAUCAUAAAAAAGAGCCCGACACCACCUCAAUAUGUCUUUUGGUAUCAUAAUAAUCGUAUGAUAAAUUAUGACACAACGCGAGGUCGUAUUAGUGUACAAAAUGAACCGGGACCAACGCAAAGUCGAUUACUAAUUCACAAUGCAAUCGAAUCUGACACUGGCAACUACUCUUGCAGUGCUUCCAAUACUAAGCUAACUUCCAUAUUUGUUUUUGUUACUGAAGGUGACAAAAUGGCAGCAAUACUGCGCCGCAAGAAUUCGAGCUCGCAACAAACAGUCUGUACUUUUACACUGAAUUUUCUGCUAUUACUGGCCUUCCAAUCUCGAUAAUAGAUUUUUUUCUAAAUCUUCUAAUAGUAUGAAAAACGAACAAUAAACUAUCUCGGAAAA